AUGCUACAGACACGCUCGGAACGCAAUUACUUCAGCAUACCACCAAAAGAUGUUCUACGACAGAUAUCGCACAUGAACGGAUGGCUAUACUCACGAGUGGGAAGAUUUAACUUUCGUACAGAACGCUUUUACUAUCGCUUACAAUGGGGUUUCUUAACCCAACAUCUCACUGAAACUUCUCCUGUGUUAAAAAGGUUUUGCCUUUACGAAUCUACCAUUUCUAAUGCGAAGCCAGGCCUCAAAGUGCAUAUUCGAUUGAGUUCAAAUGCACUGGCGUAUGUUUCGACUAAAGAACGCCAAAAUCAUCCGAGAACCCUCGUCCUUCUAGGAGAUGAUGCCCAGACAUUUCAGCGAUGGCUUACCUGCCUUCAUUUGGCAAGGAUCCGAAAAAUUCAAGACUCAUAUUCUGUACAGCAGCAGCUGGGCAAAGGAGCGGACUCAAUCGUCUCCCUUGGAAAAAGCAAACUCAAUCCACGAGACCAAGUGGCCAUAAAAACAAUAGCACUAGUACCGCAUGAAGGCAUGUCGUCUUGCAGUUACAAGCUAGAAAAGAUUCUAUAUGAAAUACUACUUCAACACAAAGCGGCGCAGCUGACUCGCCAUGUCGCUCAAGUGUUCGACGUCUUCUACGAUGAAAACUAUUGCCAUAUCGUAAUGCAGCAUUGCAACGGAGGAUCGCUCAGCAACAUGCUCGAGAGCCAACAAGGGGCUCUAGCAGAGCCCUUUGUUCGAUAUAUCGUGACCCAAAUUGGACGAUGCAUACUUGCGCUACAUCAGGCUAAUAUCGUCCACAGGGACGUUAAGUGUGACAACGUACUUGUUCAGAUAACACACUCAGCACGUCCCAGAAUCUUGUUGGCUGACUUUGGCUUCGCCACGACAUUGCAUUCACAUUCCAACCGUGGCAUAUUUGACUUCUGCUCUGAAAGGCUUGGAACGCAGGCGUACGUAGCACCCGAAAUUCUGCGCGGGGAACGGUACGGAGCCCCAGCAGAUAUAUUUUCUCUAGGCGUGGUGUGCUACGUCUGCCUAGUUGGAGUUUUUCCAUCUAUGGGACGUCCAAAGCUCCCCGGAAGAGUGAAUGAGACGCGGGCGAGUCUCCAAAGCGACUUGGACAGACUUGCUAAGCAUCCUGGGGUUCCGCCAGAUGCUGUGGGAUUUUGUGCAGCGCUUCUCAACGAAGAUCCUACGAAGAGACCCAUUGCAGCCGCUCUACUGCAGCACAAGUGGAUUCGAGAAGGGUACAAUGUUACUGCUGUGGCGCGAAAGCGUCCAAGCCGAAAUGUGCACAGCAAAGUAGUGUGGAGGCGUAUGUUUCAUGUGCUUGUGGCGUUAAGGGCACUUUCCACGCUCUCAUUGGUGAAAUGA